CCCGGCUCCCCCUGUGUAAAGUCGCCCUCAAUCUUGGCACCGAGGCGUGCGGCCACCCUGGGGAGCGGGGGGGCUCCGCCGCCGGGGUGCCUCUAGGGGGAUUGUGCUGGUUGCGACAAGUAUUUUCGUCCUGGUUUAGCCUUCGGGGGCAUCAGUAACUCCAAAUGGCUGGAUCAGGUAGAGGAAGAGGGCGUGCUGCGUUUACCUUCAACAUUGAGGCUAUUGGCUUUGCUAAAGGUGCAGCUCUACCUGAAGUAGUAUGUAAGCCUCCACCGCUGUUUCCUAGUACAGACAAUAAGCCAGUGCCUCUGAAAACAGGAGAAGAUGAAGACUACAUGUUGGCCUUAAAACAAGAUCUUAGAGGAACUAUGAAAAAAAUGCCUUAUUUUUUGGCAGUAGAAGAAGAUCACGAAGCAAUUGAAAGAUACAGUAAAAAGUACCUGGAGAUUGAAAAGGAGCAUGCAGCAUGGACUCCAGAUUGGCGGAGACUCCCAAGAGAAAUGAAGCCAAGCAAAAAGACCAAGAAAGCAGGUGCAAAACCAAAAAAAGCAAAAAGCUCUGAGCCUAAAAGUAAUCUGGAUGUGUUGAAAAAAAUUGAGGAGUUGGAAAAGAAGGAUGAGGAAGAAGAAAAAUCUGAAGAUGAGAAAGACAAAACAAAAGAUAAAGAAGGUGAAGAUGAUGAAGAAGCAGAAGAACCAGAAGAAUAUGAUGAAGAGGAGCAUGAAGAGGAAAAUGACUACAUUUCUUCAUACUUUGAGGAUGGAGAUGAUUUUGGUGCUGGCAGUGAUGACAAUAUGGAUGAAGCAACAUAUUAGCUAUUGUUGCUAGAUGGUAUACUAUCCAAGCCUUAUGCUACUUUAAAUAAAAGUCUGGAGGUAAGCUGAGUGUCACUGAUGGAGCUAAUGCUUUAGCUCCAUAGGCUUUAAUUAUACUUUUAAACAGUGUAUUGGAACUUUAAUUUUACUGUUGCUGUAAAAUAGGACAAUAGAUUCCAUAUUUUGUUGUUUUGCCAAAUAUUUCAGACAUGAGCCAUUUUAAGGUUCUCUGGAAUGUCUUAACAAUGGAAUAAGCUAUAUGCCAUUUUAUUGCCUCUGCACAGGAAAAGAAUGUAUGCAUUUUAAUUGAAUUGUGCCUAAGCAUUUGCACUAGUCAGUUCUAUGCUUCAGCAGUCAAAUCUUGAGAAGAAUAGUGAAAUUCUUGAUGACUGGAACAAAAAGAUAUGGCCUUUGUGGACAUAAACUGCUCAUAUUUAGGAGCUGACUUCUCUGAAGUAACUUAUAUAACUUCUGAAUUCAGGUCACUGAAAAUAGCUAACCACUAAGCACUUUAAUAAACUGACUUGAAAAAGUACCUUAAUAAUAUGGACUAACAAGGAAAUGAGAGUAUUUAAGAGCUAUUAUUUUAGUCAACAGAACUGUUAUUUUUAGCUUUUUGGUCAAAAGGGAAGAAUAAUUGUUUAAGAGUAGUGUAAGCUGCAUGAAUGCAUUCUAUAAGUAAUAAUUAAGGGUAUUCAUUAAGAAUACAUGGCUGAAUAGAAGAGUAAAAGAAUCCUAGUUUUGACUAGUGGUUUAUAGAUUAAAGUGACAAGAACUGUAGUCCUUCACCUCAAUUUCUCCACCUGUUAAGGAGAAUAUUCAAUUCCUACCUCAUAGAGCUGUUAAGUGAAAUGGUAGAUGCUAGCUAUCUGAGUGUCAAUGCAUUUAUUCUUCCCUAUAAAACAAUAGGGAAGACAGGCAAAUCAGUAAGCAAAGGACAAAAGUGUAGGAAAAGAAUGUGGUUAAGUAUUUUGAUGCAUGAAGUCUUAAUUAGGAAAACAAGGCAAGAGUGCUGUGAAUAGCAAAACUAGAAUUAUGGAAAUUUUAUUUCAGCAGCAAGAAAUACAGAAAGUUUCUUCCUGAGAGUAGAGACUUGAGUGACAAUGACAGCAUUCUCUAUAUCCCAUUUACCCUCAGUGGGACAAAUUGCUUUAUUAUUGAUCAGUUUUGUUGUCUUUUUUUAAAAUACUGGUAACUGCUAGUUACUAGGAACAGAAUGUUCUCUGAGAGAAGAGUUUUAAAACAAAACCAAUUAUUUAAUCCCCAAAGGGAAAUGCAGAAGUUUUAGCUUGAAAUUUGCUGUUCUGUCAAACAAUAUUUUACCUCAGUGCCAACAGUCAAUAGUUAGUACUGCAUUAUUCUAUCGACGUCUAUCUGCAAUAAGCAUUUGUUAGUCCUUUAAGGUAUAGCUUUCAAGUGUUCAAACUGAUAGAAUACAUCUCCGUCUUAAUGAAAUAAAACUAAAAUGCAAUGCAGGUCACCUCACAUGUAUAUGAUUUUAAGUGUUCAUUGGCUAUACAAAUGUUUAUUAAACAUCCUGCUGUAUUGCAUGA